GUAACGUUAAAAAAUAAGUAAUUCUUAGCAUAGUCUGACUGUUAUUUCCUCGUUGUCUGAGGCAGCUGGAAAGGUGGAGCUGUACUAAACUACCCACUCACUCACUCACUCAAUGCACAACUUGAUACACAUGGAACAAUUAUUAAUGAGUCAUUUUUUCUACCGCUCUUAUUGGGAACAGACAAAACAACAUAGCACUGGAACUUAUCAUGUAGGCUACGUUUCCGUUUUCUUGGAUUUCAUUUAGUUUAUUUUAAUAUGCAAGUAAGGCUAAACAUAUUGAGUGUGGUCUGUCGUUCUGCUGUUUUUUUGCGCAUUUACUUUUUUUGUCCCUUGGCCAAAGUUGUUCAAGCAUCAUUGGAUACGCCGUGACUUUUUACACGUGCCUCUGUUGUGAGUAAGCUCGUGGUCACCCGUCAUGAUGAAGAGUCGCGGGAAUGGACCUGCACUUGCUGUGCUCCUGCUCCUGUUGUGCCUGCUGCAGCUCCUGUGCGCCUCCGAGGAGAUAACACGCGCCAGACUAACUGUCACCGAGAUUCAAUACCAAAACGGUUCCAACUGGAACCCUGAGAGUCUUCCUCAGCUGAGUCUGUCCACUCUCGGGUUCUCUCCAUCACAAGGCUCCUGUUUUGCCUGUGUCCAUGUACGUGUCAGAAUGAAAGCGGCAGACUUCACUGGGACACUGACCAUUAAAUACCUGGAGCUGUCAACUACAACUCGCAGAACCAUCUCAAUAAAAAAUGGAGUCAAUAAUGACACUUUACAGUGGAGUGACCCGUUUCGAUCCAUCAUAGUAGGAAAGACCAACAUUAAGCGCUUACAUCCCCAUGACAUUGGCCACAUGAUUGUGUGGGAGUUGGCGUAUGACUGUUUCCCUGCUGACGCAGGGCGAGAGGUGUAUGUGUCUUUGUCCUCUAAACCACAGAGACAGCACAGGUACAUCGUACAGAAGGACAUCUGUCCAGGUGAUGCAGAUUCAGAUCCAGUACCAGAGUUUGAUCUGUCUGUGGAUGAGCUGGCUCGAUCCCUCAAUGUAACAGUAGCAACUGGAGACCACAUAUACCAACCGGCUCUCUCAUCUGAUGUAUACACCAGGUUGUGCUACAGACACACAGAUGCAGAAUGCUCCAACCUUUCUGCUCUUUCUACUAUUGACACCAAUCAGAAUCGGUCAGUGACUCUCAGUUUCCCCUACCUGCUACCCUGUGUCUGUGUACAGGUAUAUUACACACACCUAGACGCAAGGCGAACCACAGUUUGCCCGUUUGUGAAUGGCUCAUUAGAUGGGGGCAGAGACGUGUGGCGCUCCAGUAAUGUGACUCUGUAUGGUGAGUUGGGUUCAAGCAUGGCCUGGAGUGCCCUGUGUCCGGCUGCUUACCUGAAGCCCUCUGCCUCCCUCUGCUGGCGACACCAGAGAAACACACCACAAUGCACUCCCAUCCUAAACUCCACACUGGAGGACAUGGAGGAGAAGGGAGAUCUGAAAUAUAAUGUUUCUGCUGUGGAUAAACACCCUCAGAUGUGUGUGCAGUUUUCCUUCAGAGGCAGCCAUGAUGUCCACUGUCCAUUCCAACCAGGGAUGUCUAAGUGGGAGGCAUAUGUUGGUCCUGGUUCACAAAGUCUCUGUGUCUAUCUCACCUCCACUAUCCCAGCAUCCUUUGCUGCACAACUCUGUGUCUGGCAGGAGAAAGGAUGUGUGUCCAGAGGAGCUAUCUACUUAGUAAACAUGGGUGGGGCCACCAGAGAGACACAGCUGAACCUGCCCUUAUCAUCCCUGACUGAGGGUCUAUGUGUGCAGGUCUGGCGGUCAGAUCCUGCACAGUAUGGGAGGAGACUACUGUGUCCUGACUAUUCUAACAGGAGACGGGGUCUCUAUGCUGUUGCAGUCUUGACACUUCUGGUUACUGUGGCAAUGCUGGGAAGCCUCAUCCGCUAUGUGACCAAGAAGGGAGUCACAGAUUGGCUAUUCAUCCAGAGGCCUGUGUUGUUGGUGUGUUCAUCAGAGCAGUCAGCCCAUGUGUCUGCCGUGUGCGCUUUGGCUUCCUUCCUACAGGGGGAGUUAUGUGCUGAAGUGCGCAUGGCUUUGUGGACCCAGAGCUCCAUUGGGGCUUGUCCUGGGGCUGUGGAGAGGUCUUGGGCUGGGGUGGCUGAGCUAGGCCCUGUGCCCUGGCUGUAUGGACAGUGGGAGGCAGUCAGAGAGGCAGGAGGCCAGGUGCUGAUCGUAUGGAGCGCAGUGGCUAAGGAAUCCUACAAGAGCUGGAGAGAAGAGAGGGAGGGAGGGGAUAGGAGGGAGGGGGAAAAGACAGGAGGGAGUAAAGGAGAGGAGAUGCAACAAGGGGAAAGGGGAGGAGAAAAUAUUGAAGAACUUAAGAAAACAAGAGUGGAACAGGAUCAAGCAGGAUUGAAGAAAGGAGAGGAAUGGAAAGAGGAGAGUAGGAUCAGAGAGGAGAGAGAGCCCUCCUCAGUGAUAGGGCCAGUGUUCAGGGCUGCCCUGUCCUGUCUGCAGGGGGCACGACAGGGGGCAAGCAGGGUCAACGGCUUCACCAUUGUCUACUUCCAGGGCCUCUGUCACAGUCGAGACAUCCCCAAGGAUCUCAGAGGAGUCCCACGCUACUGCCUGCCUCGGAACUUCGGAGGCCUGAUACGUGAGCUGGAUGGGACCGCUAGAGGGAGGAACAGUGUGAUUGGCAGCUGGGCCUGUUGGCCCAGACUCCUUUCCAAAACACUGUCACGUUGGUUGGCACGACGACUAACUCACAGGCUCAGAGUGUGGUUGUCACAGGAAGAGGAGGGGCUAAAACCGAAAUCAUCACAGGAAGUGAUAUCAGAGAGGACACUGAACAGGCAUGUGUUGUCGCUGUCAAUUAAUGAGGAGAGGACAGAGCCAAGCACUUUGCAGCAGAAGGAGUUGCUUAGUGGGUCACCAUGGCAAUGAAGCUUGGCAUCUCAGGUUUCACCUUUAUACAGGAACCAGACUUUUGUCUUGACUGUAACAUGAGGCAGAGCACAUGGGUGGUGUAGUGACCCAAACAGUGGAGCAGAGACACUGAGCAUUUCAUAGGGCUUAUUACCACAGUCAAAGGGGGUAUUGAUAGAACUACUAAGAGAACUCACCACUUGAUUUGCCUGUGGUGAAGAGUAGGUAAAUAUUAUCCUCUGGGCUACAUCCCACAUAUGUCCACAGUUUAUGCUUUUUAUGCUGAGUGUACAGUUUGAACCUGAACGUAAAGCCACACAUCAGCCUUAUCUAAGUGGGUAUGUCUGAAAGUCAGGUUGUAACUUCCACUUAGUGUAUAGAACUGGAUACCCUCACCACAGGUGCUCCACUGAAGCGAAAGGAUAUACUUCAUCAUUCUCAAUGUCAACAGUAGAUGAUCAAAUAAUGUGAUAUCUUUGCUCUGAGGGCACAUACUGUACAUCCAAACUGUUGUUUUACCCAAGCCUCCACUUUCCACAUGACUGUCAGAUCCUUUCAAGAACAUUUCAAAAUGUAUUUGUACUGAAGUACACAGCAUCAACGUGCCCCAUCUUGAACCAGCACCUGUCCAUCUCUCAAACUGGUUGGCUGUAGAACUGCUUGGUUAUGCACAGUGCCAUAGAGGAUUAUGGAUGCUAUAUUAUCUAUGUAUGGGUAUAGAGACCAUUCCUACACAGCUCUAUAACAACCGGUCUACUCCAAUGAGCUCCUAUGGACUGUGUACUGUAACCUAUUGUAUAUAAGAAAUAGACACCUUAGUGACUCAUUCUUUAGUCCAAGGAUAUUAUGGUUUUAAUUUCAAUAAUUUAAGACUUUGUUCUCAGAAUAUUUCACAUUGCAGUAUAUAGUUAUUAUCAACAUAGCAUUCAACAAAGAUAAAAUUACUUCUGUAUUAAUAAUGUAUUUUCUCAUUGCACCUCUUAUUAAUUCAGAUAGCCUGUUGUUAAAAUUAAAAUGAAUAUUUAAGUGUUGAUAUACUUAAUGGACACACGUAGUACAGACUUAGAGCCUGUUAUAGUAUCAAAGCCUGACAUCUAUAAUUUGAAUAUAAGAAAUUAGCAGAUGCUUUUAUCCAAAGCAGCUUACAGUCAUGCGUGCAUACAUUUUAUGUACAGGUGGUCCCAGGAAUCGAACCCCCUAUCCUGGCAUUGCAAGCACCAUGCUUUACCAACUGAGCUACAGUUCUUUAAUAUUAUACUACUGUUAGUAAGCACCUACAGAUUGGCAGUGAACAAAUAUUAUUCAAAUAUCACCAACGACUCACAUUCCAUUCUCCCACCAAGUCAGUGAAGCCACGGGCUCCAACGGUAGACUGUAUGCAAAGCAUCUGGAGCCUUACACCAUAACACAGACGUUUUCUAGACGCGCUUUUCAGUAGGAGGUUAUGUUUGGAAAUAAGCAGUAAACAGAGACAGAGCAGUUUUCCUUCAAGUUUAAAGGUGCAAUAUGUCAUUACUAUAUAUUAAUUAUAUAUACCCAUUUAUUCUUGAAGAAUAUAACCUAAUAAGGCCUGAUGAGCUUAGUUCAACUGGCAUACCCCAUCAGAAACCAAAAUAAUAUUUUGCUUGUUUUACUGUACUUUUUCGAAACACGGUUAUUGUAAACAUCCACUGCAUAACCGAGCCUCAAAACAUGCUUAAAAGGAUCACUGUGAUGUCAUGGAUGGUCAGCUCUUGCAUCCAUAGCUCUGAGAGUGGUUAUGUUUCUUCAGCCCUAUCCCCCAGGUUGUUUACUGAAACAGUGGCGCGGAAACACUUUGUUGUUGUUUGAACUGCAGAUUGCCCCCUUUAAAAUGAACUGUAUUCAGAACAAAUGUUUAUGCGUUUACCCUAUCUAUCAUUCUACCAUUGUGUGUGGGCUUAUAAGUGCCUGUUGCAUACAUUUUGAAAUGCUCUUUUGUAAAAUAAAAUAAAUGUGUAUUAUUUUGUAAAUAUCCUUCACUUUGAUAUUAGCUGAUGGCCUCAUAAAAAUAACUUCUG